AAAAAAAUGAACAUGGGCUUUUUAAGCCUACUCUCUGUGUUUUUCUUCUUUUUCGGUGUCGAAGUAUAUAGCCAGUAUGAAACUUAUCAAUGGGAUGAAGAUUAUGACCAAGAACCAAGUGAGGAUUACCAACCAGAAUUCCGGUUUCAUCAAAAUACAGAAUAUGGAGCUCCUUUCCAUUGGAACACCGUAGGCUGUGCCAGUGAAUGCUUCUGUCCACCUAACUUCCCAACAUCAAUGUACUGUGACAACCGCAAGCUCAAGACUAUUCCAAACAUUCCGGUGCACAUUCAGCAACUAUACCUUCAGUUCAAUGAGAUUGAAGCUGUAACUGCAGAUUCCUUCACCAACGCCACUCAACUUAAAGAAAUUAACCUCAGCCACAACAAAAUCAAAUCUGAAAAGAUAGAUUAUGGUGUGUUUGCCAAGCUUCCAAAUCUACUACAACUUCACUUAGAACAUAACCAUCUAGACCAAUUUCCAUCACCUCUUCCCAAAUCUCUGGAAAGACUCUUCCUUGGUUACAACAAAAUCUCCAGGCUGCAGAAAAAUGGCAUGGAUGGACUAAUCAGCCUGACCAUGCUGGAUCUCUGUUACAAUCAUCUCCAUGACGCUAUGUUAACAGAAGAAGUUCUUGCCAAAAUGGAAAAAUUAAUGCAGCUUAACCUAUGUCAUAACAGAUUAGAAUCAAUGCCUCCUGGGUUGCCUUCUUCACUUAUGUAUCUAUCUCUAGAAAAUAAUUCAAUUUCUUCUAUACCUGAAAAUUAUUUUGACAAACUUCCCAAACUUCAUGCUCUAAGACUGUCAUAUAACAAACUGCAAGACAUCCCAAGUAACAUUUUUAAUCUCUCCAACCUUGUAGAGCUCAAUGUUGGACACAACAAACUGAAGCAAUCGUUCUACAUUCCAAGAAGUUUGGAACAUUUAUACCUAGAAAAUAAUGAAAUAGAAAAUAUCAAUGUGACAGUGAUGUGUCCUUCCAUUGAUCCAGCGUAUCAGCACCAUUUAACAUAUCUUCGUGUCGACCAAAAUAAGCUGAAAGAACCAAUAAAUUCAUACAUCUUCUUCUGCUUCCCUUACAUACACAGUAUUUAUUAUGGCGAACAAAGAGGCCCCAACGGCCAAACAAUACAGCUGAAAACACAAGUUUUCCAGAGAUUUCAAGAAGAAGAUAGCGAUGAGCAUGAUGAAACUGAUGGAGCCCUGGAGUACCAUGAGCAAGGAAUGGAACAGCACUUUGACCCUCAUUACUACGACAGUGAAGAAUGGCAAGAAACUUUAGGUAUACAUUAAUGACUGCACAAAGCCUCAUGAUUCUAAACUUUAAGCACAUACUGCUCCAAGCAAUACAUCUAGUAUUUCCUAUUAGUAUAAGAUCAGAACUGGACGAACACUGUCAGUGACAUUUGUGUCACUGCAUAGGAUUAGCGCUUAUUCAAAACAACAUAACUUUUUAGAAAUAUAAAUUAGAGCAAGUAGGAAUCGAAACUAAAUUUUAAAAUCUUUUUACUCUUUAAAAAUGGAAAAAUGUAGAACAAUUCAGUGUGUGUGUGUAUCAUUUUUAUCAGUAUUUUAAUUCUUAAUGUACCAGUAAUUGGCAAAUUUUAUCAGUAAAUUUUCUAGGAAUGAUGAAGAAUGUAACCUUGGCAGU